CACGCGCGAGACGCGCGCGCACCUCGCGCACGGCGGAUCGCGCGCGGUCGACUUUCUUCAGGUCGCGCACGCUCGAGUUCGACCGCGCGCGCGCGCUUCGCGAUCCGCGCGCGCGCGUCGUGCGCGUCGAGGACCUUUCGCGCGGGUCUUCCGAGAAAAAGGGGCGCGUGGGGGCGAAUCCCCCGCGGAUUUCCACUUCCGCCUCAGAUCCUCGAGAUCUGCGCGCGCGCGCCAUGACGCCCGACAGCGCGAACGCGAAGACGAGCCCGUGGGCGGACGUCCUCGCGACCGGCGUGAACGGAUGGAGCUCCUUCAGCGACACCGGCAGCGGCGAGUCCCCGAGGGUCGUGGAGGACGGACCCGCGCACACGUCCGCGAGGGACGGGGCGGAAAGAUCAACGGGACCGGACGGCGCCGGCGGUCGCGGCGCGGGGAAGCCGUCCGCGUCGGACGCGAACGCGAUCAGGCGCGACGCGAGCAAGAGCUUCGGCGACGGCGUCGCGAGCGGCGCGCCGAGCGGCACCGGCGGCGGGAACGCCGACGCGAACGCGGGGAACGCCGACGCGAACGCGGGCGAGGGGGGGAAAUCUAGCAAAGACAAAAAAGACAAAUCCGGCGCGCUCGACGUCUCGUGGAAGCAGUACCGCCGAGACGUGGAGUGGCAGUGCAAGUGGCUCGAGCUGCGCAUGAAGGAAGUCAACGGCCACGUGACGCGCUACGAGCGCAUGCUCCGCGCGAUCGAGGCGGCGAAGAAGCGCGACGCGGAAGCCUCGCGACGCGCCGGGUCCUCGGGCGGCGCCCCCGUCGACCUCGCCGCGGCGGCGAAGAAAGCGGAGGCUGCCGCGAAAGAAGCCGAGGGCGUCGCCGCGGAGGUGGACGCCGAGAGCGGCGGGCUCGGGACGCCGAGGCGCGCGAACGGCGGAGGCGUGCGGAUGAAGCGUCGACGGGACCACACCGGGCACACGCCGCCGCCGGCGCCAGUUUUGAUCACGCACCCUCUGUUCGCCCCCGACGCCGCGGCGUUGAUCGACGGAUCCGGGCUGAUGGCGCCGUCGAACGGGAAGGUGAACGGGAAGGCGCUCACCGCGGGGGAUCGGAAGCGACGGAAGAAGGCUGCCGCGGCGGUGGCGGCGGCAGCGGCGGCGGCGGCGGCGGCCGCGCGCGCGAAGAACAGCGGCAGCGACUCCGACCUCUCCACCGCGGCGCUGUACGAGCAGAUCGAGGUGCUGCAGCAGCGCGUGACCGCGCUGCACGCGCGCCUCGGGCAGCCCGCGCCGAGCAUGGGUCCGACGGGGAACGUCCACGCGAUCAAGAGGAACGCCGCCGCCGGGCGCGGCGGCGGGUACGGGGCCAACGAGAAGAAGUCGCGCAAAACGGACUACGACAUCAACGACGUCGUCGGCGCGGACGCGACGGGGGCGAAGUUCGUCGAGCGCGCGCACUGCGUGGAGAUCUCCGUCCCGAACGUCAGGGAGGCGCCGACGUAUUCGAUGGCGCCCAUCGUGGAGGAACGCGGCUUGGCGGCGGCGGAGGCGGCGGCGGCGGCGGCGAUGGUGGCCAACGAGGGCGGCGUCUCGGCGGAGAAGGGCGCCGGCGGCGGGAAGGACGACGGUGACGACACGUCGUCGGAGGAUACCUCCGACGAUGCGUUCAUGCUGAGGCACCAGAAGUUUGAGAUCGCGGAGAGGAAGGCGCGGACGCUGCCGGAUAAAAAAUCCCGCGGCGGGGAGAAGAACUCGGGUCACGGAAACGGCUCCGCGAACCCCAAGUCCGGGGAUAAGUCGCCGACGACCGGCACGGGCGACGGCGGCGGGUCGUCGCCGCGGUCGCGCGCGGCGAUCGCGGUCGCGAUGGAGGCGGACGUCGCGGAGGACGACGGCGAGCCGGAGUUCAACAGCGCGGCGCUCGUGGGUUGACGGGCGAAAGAAUGAAUUGAAAGAAUGAACAAACUACGAUUUGAGGCGCCGAGCGGGUCCGGGCGCGACCUGCGUUAGGCACGGUGGAUCGACGGCGCGCGGUCGCCGAGCGUUGAGCAUAGAUCGAACAGCGGCGACGCGAGGCGCGGACGACGCGCGCGACGCAGCGACGUCCCCCGCCGCCGGCUGCUCUUGUCCACGAAGAGAACAUCCUGU